UCUAGAUGUAGAAGUUGUACAUCUAUGCAUAUUGGACUUGCUCCAUUAACCUCCGUUAAAUUUGUGACUCAUUUAGAAUAGUCUUUAACACUCCGUAUGCAAUGAGUAGUUCAGUGAGGGAAUAAUAAACGUGGGUUACUAAUUAACAGAAACGACUGGUCUUCCAAACUGGAGACACGGAAUUCAUUCAGCUGACUUACCGAGCCAAGGUAUCUGAUAGCCUUUUCAGGUGAUAAACUUUACGUUAGAAUAUCGUAAGAAGCUAAGGGUAGAAUGUGAUUGAUCCCUCACUUUCGCUCUCACAAUCCUUCUUUUACACGCCGAAGUCUCAUCAAGCUAUUUAAAUUAAUUAAACUGGCACUAACCAGUGUGGUUUGUCUGUGAGUAGUUGAACGGAUAAAGUAUGCUUGUACUGGAAGGAUUAAGCCCAAGGCUCUCGAAUAAUCUCCCGCCAGAUCUGAUCUUUACACGCUUGGUUACCAGUGUUUUUUGUUCAGAGUAUUAGAAGACUCUUUUAUCCUUCAGGGUCUCAACAGAGGUCACAUUUCUGGAUUACUCCCUUCCAGAACAAACCAGAACUCUUUUAAGCUCUUCACCUUAUCAUCUCGUAAUAAAACAUGAUACGACUUUCUUAUAUGGUGUUUCAAAUCUGUUCAAAGAUCAUCCAGAACGUACUAACAGAUCGGUUCGAAUCUUCAAAAUAAUUCACCCAGUGCUUUUAACUUUUUUAAAUGAUUUGGUAAAAAAGUGAUUAAUAGUAAAAGUUGGUAGUGUUUGAGAAAAAAGUGAUUUUGAAAAGUAAAAGUUGGUGGUGUUUGGUAAAAUAAGUGCUUUUUGUGUAAUAGAAAAAGUAAAAAGCAGAUUCUAACUUUUAGCUUUUAAGUAAUUCAUUUAAGUAGAAGUUGUCAUUUGAAAACAUCUUUUUUAGCUUUUUUAAGCCAAAAGCUGGGAAGUGCUUUUUUAGUUGUGUUUGCAAACAGAGCCUAUAUCAUUGUUGUGCAGACCAAGGCACGCACCAAGCCACAUGGGAGUGUUUCAAAGGAAGACAAUGCUUAACAAUGUCACAUGUUGAUGGCUUUAGAAUGUACUCCCUCCUAAUGUCAAACCGGGAGGUUGUUUUCGGGACGGAGGGAGUACUUUUUUGAGAAUCCAGAUGUCGGUGUUUGCGUUCUCAUAAUCCUGAAAUCUAUGAAUUAAGACCUCCCACAAAGGAAAGAUUUGCGGUGGAUGGUCGAUCAUCCAAUGGACUACACCCACACACCAACCCCUAGGACAAAGGAAUUUUAUGUUACUCCUUAUGAGAUUUCGUAAUUUCGUUUGUCAAUCCACGGAAACGUCCAGAAAACAGAACAUAAAUAUACGUCUGUGUAUAUAGAUAAUGGUUGGAGUUAAAGUCAAGUGACCCCUCUGCAGUCCCCUAGCUUCGAGGACACGCCCUUGCCGAGCAUGCAUCCCGGCGUUUUGUUUUGAAAACGCGAAAUCAUAAAUGAAGACGAAAGAGUUGCAGUAAGAAGCUUUUUGCUAGAGCUUUGCCCAGCUAUAUAUCUCCAUUCAUCGGAAGAUUCAACAAAAAUUACAGUCACAUGGAGAAAGAAAUUCUGGAUUACGUUUUGGUGCCACUAGGACUUCUACUAAUGCUCGCUUAUCACCUAUGGCUUCUCGUCCAGAUCAGGAACCAACCCAACCGCACCGUCAUCGGCGUCAAUGCAAUCAACCGCCGCUUAUGGGUCCGUGCUAUGAUGGAGGAUGUGUCGAAGAACGGGGUUUUGGCAGUUCAGACGCUGAGGAACAACAUAAUGGCGUCGACGCUUCUAGCAUCGACGGCGAUAAUGCUGAGCUCGCUCAUCGCCGUCCUGAUGACGGGCGGCGGCACCGGUGACCGUUCGAUCAGAUUUCUGCUCGGAGAUCGGAGCGAUUUCGCCUCGUGCGUCAAGUUCUUCUCGAUACUGGUGUGUUUCCUGGUGGCGUUCCUGUUCAACGUUCAGUCCAUAAGGUACUACAGCCAUGCCAGCUUCCUCGUCAACGUUCCCUUCCGGAAGAUAACGGAAGGGCCGGACGGGCAGUGCCGUUUCGCGCUGACGACGGAGUAUGUGGGGAGGACCGUGAACAGAGGGAGCUACUUUUGGUCGUUGGGGCUGAGAGCGUUUUACUUCUCGUUUCCCCUCUUUUUGUGGAUCUUUGGACCUAUUCCUAUGUUCGUUUGUUGUGUUUUCAUGGUUUUCAUGCUCUAUUUUCUGGACGUUACCGUAGAUUUCGGGCUGGCGGUUUCCGCCGAUGAAGUGUCCUGCAGCGGGGAUUUAGUAUAGGAUAAGUCAACUGGAUUAAUUGGUUCAGUACAAGUUUCGAUACUUGGAUUUCUUUUGCAACCAAACCAAAGUUGUCUUCACGGGAACGUUUAUUUUGCGUUUAAGAUUUCCUAAGAAAUACCGGUACACAUUUGUUACAUUUAAUUAAGUUCAUUCUUGAAGUACAGAAGAAAUGUGUACAUUGUCACUAAUUGGAGGGAUUUUGACAUCAAAUCCUGCCUCAUUUGUAAUAAAUUGCUCUAUACACAAGCAAUUAGAGAGUUUUGUGUACACAUGCAUCUCACUCUCUCCGUCCCAUAAAAUAGUUUCCA